UAAACAAAUUGGGGUCCUUUUAUGCGAUAGGCUAGCUGCCGAAACGAUAGUGCGAGGCACAUUGUUUUACACAACUGUGGUAAAUUGUCAAAAGCAACACCAAUAUAUUUUGAUACGUGUCUGUGAGGAAUGAAGAUAAAGUAGAGGCGUCAUUCGGUUCGGUCAUUUACUCCCUAACUGGCCCAGUGGUUUUGCUUUUGAACGUCGAAGGGUGCGUUUUUCGGCCGUAGCGUCGUUAGCAUUAGCGGAGCAACCAAGCUAGUGCUAGCGCCCGCGUACUUCUGACCUUUAGCUCAGUCAAAUAAGAGGGAGGCGUUGAUGAGCAACAAUGUCUGGCAUUGCUCUUAGCAGACUGUCCCAGGAGCGCAAAGCCUGGAGGAAAGACCACCCGUUUGGUUUCGUUGCCGUGCCAACUAAGAAUCCUGAUGGGACCAUGAAUUUGAUGAACUGGGAGUGUGCCAUUCCGGGGAAGAAAGGAACCUUGUGGGAGGGAGGACUCUACAAACUCAGGAUGCUGUUCAAAGACGACUACCCUUCCUCACCACCGAAAUGCAAGUUUGAGCCGCCCAUUUUCCACCCAAAUGUCUACCCGUCAGGCACAGUGUGUCUGUCCAUCCUGGAGGAGGACAAAGACUGGAGGCCCGCCAUCACCAUCAAACAGAUCCUGUUGGGGAUCCAGGAGCUGCUGAAUGAGCCUAACAUUCAAGACCCAGCACAAGCAGAAGCUUACACAAUUUAUUGUCAGAACAGGACGGACUAUGAGAAGCGGGUAAGGGCACAGGCCAAGAAGUUUGCCCCCACAUAGAGAGGAGUGCUGACCUCUACCCUGCCAGAGAAGCCUGAAGUGAUGGUUACAACCAGGAGGCUGGCAGCACCUGAAGGACCACUCCACAAAGAAUCCAGUUUUGAGUAUUAUUAUACUAUUACACAGAUGGACAGUUUUUCUCUUUCUUUAAAUGACAAACGAUCGUACUUUUACCCGUCUUCAACAAAUAUUUAUGCAUUUUAAUGCAUAGCUGAUGAUCCUAGAACUCUACCGUCAACACGACCUUUGAUAUUUGUAAUUCUUGUAUUAUUCAUAUCUCCAGUUUUUGUCACGAGCGCUGCUCAGCACUCUCAUGCCUCCAUCAAUUCUGUAAGUCAUGCCGAUGUAUGGACAGAGAUGUAGAAGUAAGAUUUCAUUUGAAAAACCCCUCUUGGUGUAAUGUCCAGUCAGUUGUGGCAGAGGGCGAGUGUUUGCCUAUCUGUAACUUUACAGUUUUUAUCGAACCGUCAAGCCCCAGGAAUAUUUUAGAUAGUGUUUCAAGAAUGAGUAUAAAUUGGGAUAAAGCAUUCACAGACACAAUGGAAGUCAGUCAAUUCUUCGUGCUCCUGAACCCUUCUUUCAUCCCGAUCACCAAUUGUCAACAGAAUAUCAUCAACGUGUGAAAUUCAAGUAAGACAAUCCACCCAUUUGCAUGCUGGUUUCAAGCUGAACUGCAGCAGUCAUGUGGGCAGGUCGUGCUGCUCUGUCUGCCCCCCGAGAAGAGCAGAGUCAUGUAAGAACAGUGAGGCUGGUGAGGUCAGGGCUCUGCUUCUUCCCGUGAAACCAAAAUAAACUUAGUGUCAAGAUUCUUCUUGUAAAUCCAAAUUGCAAGUGAAACUAUUUGUGAUGAAGGUAAGUCGCAUUCAACACCAGCGUCCCAAAAUUCUGGACUAUGAUAUAGAAGACAAGUUGCAUAAUCAAAUUAAUAAGAACUGCUACUGUGUGUAUGUUUUUUUUGUUUAUGGGGGGGUGGCAUAUUCAUUCAGUAAUUCUAUCCCACACCCGAUUACAAAAUUAAUGUGAACCUCAGUCAAUCCAUAAAUAGAUACAUCUAUAAGUUCAUGUGGCUGAAGGACCCUCAUUGGAAUGUCCUCUCAACCUGCAACGAAGGGAAAUGAAAGUGCACUUGAGAAUAAUCGAAGGCCUCACGUCUUUUUUUUUCUGCCUCGAAAUAUAUGAGUGCAUGUACAUAAUAUAAAUACUGAAAAAUUGUGGAAGUUAUGUUUUAUAUUGUUUUAGCCAGUCAACAAUCGUGUGGUAUUAUAACAAAAAAACAACAAAUGGCAUAAAAUUGUGAAAUAAAGUUGAAUAAAGAUCAAA